AUGUCGUCUCAUCGCAAGACGAGAACGACGACAGCGCUCGCUCUGACGAGGCUGCAGGACGUCGGGGCGACGAUUGCCGAAAUCUGCGCUGUUUCUGGAACCCCUGGACUCUCCUAUGGAGUGCUUCAUGAGGGUCGAGUCUUGCACACUGGCAAUUUUGGUCACCGCAACGUCGAAGCUCAGCUACCUCCUACAUCCGAUACAAGGUACGCAAUAGGAUCGCUGACAAAGGCCUUCACCGCUGCAGCAGUAGGAAUUCUGGUAGAAGAUGGAAAGACCACUUGGGACGCCUCGGUUCGCGAUGUUUUGGGCGAUGGCUUUCACUUCUCGAACCCUACCCUUACCCAGCAAAUGUCUGUGCUCGAUGUCCUAAGCCACAGGAUGGGCCUGCAACGAUCCAAUCAGCUGUGGCAUGGUAAUGACAACACAUUAUUACUCGAGAAAAGCAAAGUCAUUCCUCACAUGCAGUACAUAAAGACCGUUCAGCCGUUCAAGAGCACAGUGCACUACAGCAACUGGGGAUACGCGUUAGCAGGCGCAAUCAUAGAGAAGCUGUCCGGGGAUAGCUGGGGUACAUAUGUGGAGAAGGGUCUGUUGGCUCCCCUUCACAUGAAUGACUCGGACUCCAUCAAAUCCGCUGACCACGACAAUUUUGCCAAACCUUAUACAGUUCUGGACGACCACUCGUUCCAGUUACUGCCGUCUCUCAAUGUACAAGCGGGUAGUAUCAUGGACUCGUCUCAAAGUAUACGGAGCACUGUCAAUGACAUGCUAAAAUGGUGUCAAGCCUUGGUGAAGGCUUAUAGCGAUCAGCAGAAAACCGGCCAAGGCCAUUCUGCUGGCUCUCCUCUGAAGCAGCUAUCAAAACAGAUGUCCGGUCUUACACCUUUUGCGAAGCCAUUCGAUACAGAUUCUGCUUAUGGGAUGGGAUGGGUUCGUGCGCAACUUCCUGCAAUUCUUGGCGCUGUGGGCUGCAAUCCAGGAUUCGUGAAAUCCAUGCCUACCGCUGGCCGCGGCAGUGAAGAGACGAUCAUAUACCAUCAGGGCAGUCUCGCUGGAUAUACUUCCUCUCUGUUUCUCAUUCCACACACCCAAAGCGCCAUUGUGGUACUCUCAAAUUCUAUCAGUUUGAACGACUGUGCUGAUUGGGUUGGCCAACUCAUUUUGGAGGCUCUUCUAGAUGUCGAAGAACGCAAUGACUAUGUGGAACAUGCAAAGGAAAGCGCCGAUGCACAUCUGGCUAGAUAUCCAGCUAUGCGUGAAAGCUUUGAAGCAAGCCGGUCCCCAGACACAAAACCAAAAUCGCUGGACGCAUUUCUUGGAAAAUACUACAACGAGCUUGGCGACUUCUACAUUGAGAUCACCCCAAAUCAGCAAUCCAAUGGCCUGCAACUGGCUUUUCAGGGUCUCGACUCUCAGAUAUGGAAGAUGGAGCACUACCAACAUGACAGUUUUCUAUGGCUCAUGUCGCGAGAUGAAGCUGUCAGUCGAGCACGUUUCCCGUACUCUCCAGAGAAACUUUACAAGCUCGACUUUCUUGCGAACGAGGGUGGCGAGAUCGAUUCACUACUUUGGGCUCAUGAUGCUGACGGACCUCCGGAGAAAUUCCACCGGAGCACGGGAGGAGAAACCCAUCUUCGUGCCUCCUCUCAAAAGCCUCUCGCCGUGUAA